GCGAAGGGUUUCGAGCUGAGCUACCUGGAGAAGGUGCCAGGGGUUAAAGACACAGUUCACAAGCAGUCCCUCCUCCAGCAUACCUGCUCCAUCAUCAUCGAGAACUUUCCUGACACCACCGACCUGUACUCGGAGAUCACAGCAGUUACACGCUCAGCCAAGGUUGACUUCUCCCAGCUUCAGGCUGACCUGGGCCACCUUGAGCUCAGCUGCAAGGCAGCGUGGGACCACUUGAAGGCCGUCGCCAAGAGAGACAGCAGCCCCGCCUUCAGGAGCAAGACCCCGGCCUUCCUGAAGGAGUGCGCCCAACGCAUCAUCAUCCUGAAGGCGGUCCAGAGGCGCAUCCGCAACAGGUUCAAUUCCUUUCUCCUGUACUUCGGCUAUCCAAGCUCCAGCAUCCGCAACAUGACCAUGGGCAAGUUCUUCAAACUUAUCAGUGACUUUGCCCUGGAAUAUCACACGACCCGAGCCCAGAUCCUACAGCAGAAGGAGAGGCAGGAGAGGGAGAGACUCCAGCGAGAG